AUGGAAAAAAAGUUUUACUACUCGAAACAAAAAAAUUGUGUACACGAAGCAACAGCAGCGUGGAAUGGGUAUACAAACACAAACAAUCAGGAACACAAGACAGAAACACAAUCGCAACAAUUUGACUCGCCCGAAGAUUUGGCCGUAGUGCCCUCCAAUCAAAAGGCCAACAGCCAGGUGCAGCUGCCGGUGCAGCCAAAGCCUUUCUCCAACAACUCACGCCAUCGCAUACUUGAGGACUUGGCCGGCGAGUAUCAUCGGUUGGUGCGCAAUAUCGAGUGGCAUUUGCCGGGGGAAGCGGCCAAUUCGGGCAGACGCUUGGCAGCUGGCGCCAGCCAAGUGCUCUUCAGGUAUAGCCAUCAGGUCAGGGAGCCUGCGGACUGGCAGCCAGAUUUGCAGCAGGAUCUGGAAGAGGAGAGUGGCGAUUAUACCAUUGGAUUUGUGGAGCUGUUCCGCCAGCGUAUGCACUACGAUCGACUGGGCAUACCGGUAACAACACUAGAACUCAUCUACAUGGGAGAUCGCGAGCGCGAAUGGCGCCGACAGCAACGCAGUGAGCGUGAGCGUGAGCGAGAGAGGGAGCGGGAGCGGGAAGAGCUUGAGGUGGAGACCUGCCAGUUCCAGCAGCGCACAUGCCAGGACAGCUACACCCAAACUGAGGGCGAACGGAUCGAACUGGGUCAGCGUCUGGACGGCGGCUAUCGAGCACAGGAGGUCUGUGCGUGCGGCUACAUGGAACCGGAACCACCAACCCCAUGCGUUGAACUCUACUGUGCUGCCGACUUCAACGGCGAAUAUGACGAGCCUAUCCACGAGAUGGAGCCAUGGCAGCAGGCAUGCGAAGAUUUGCCUGCACUGGAGUUCUAUGAGCCGGUCGACCCUCCAAAUCCGUUGAGCCCGUACACUGGGCAGAGUCAGCAGGAUCGACCAUACGCACAAUCCAGUCAGUACUUUGAUAUGUUGCCGAUGCCGUCAAGGCAUUACCAUCAGCCGCUGUCGGAAGAGCAAGCGCCUAUCGAGCCGCCUUUUGAGCUGGAGCCGUACCAAAUUGUUGAUCCCAAUCCAGCGGAACGAUCGGUAGAUUGCGGCUGCUACAGCUGCCAGGCUAUGCACAAUGUGGAAAGCAUGAAUAGCAAGCGCUUGAUCAAUAGGACAGCGCCACCACCGCCGCCGCCGCCACCGCCGCCUAUACCACCGCCGCCACCACCGCCACCACCAACAGCAACAAGCCCAGCAAUAACACCAGGACCAGCUCCACCACCCCCACCACCACCAAACUAUGUAUUAGCCACAGCGCCGAAUGAGCGCAGCAGUUCGGCACAUCAAAAGAAGGGGGAGAAUGGAAUGCCGGAGAUGAAACGGGAUGCCAAAUCGAGCCAGAGCCAACUCAAGAAGCCACAUGCACCUGGCUUCCGCUAUCGCUAUCCAUCAAUAUCGAAUUACAGCGGCAAGCGGACACAAAGUCUGGAGUCCAAUGAUAAUGUCGAACUGACCCAUCGGCUGCGCCGCACGCCCAAAAUUGUGAAUCUGCCCGGCCGGGUGGCCGCCCAGCAGCAUGCGGCAAAGCGGUUCGCUAAAUGCCCGGCGCACAGUCUGGAUACCGCGGAUAAGGUGCAGCUGCAGGUGCUCUUGGCACCGUGCACACCUCGUUUGCUGCUCAACGAACAGAAUAUGUCCGGUCUGAUGAAAACCAAGCCAAUUGUCCACACAGAGACAUCGUCGCUGCAGCAGCUCGAUCAUGAGCUGGACGGCAUGCCAGAGAUACCGCAAGCAGCUGCUCAGCUGUCGUCCGAGUGGAGUGGCAUCAAGCACGGCUCGGCGGACACCCUAAACGAGGUGUGGUGCAAUCCGAGCGCCUUUGACAAGACUCGCCCACCCGGCGGCUUAUAUAGUCCGCGCGAGCGUAUCAAAUAUUUGCCAAUCGAUGCAUUGAAUGUUGGCCAUGUGGGCGCACCCAUCCUGGGCGAGGAGGCCGCACGCGCUGCCAUUGAGCGCUGCGCCUACUUGUCCCGGGAGUUCGACUGCCUAAGCCGGGAGCAGCGUGCCCAGGACAUUGCCUUGCGGCUGCGCCAGUUGCGUCUGUUUCAGGAUAAAGCCAGCCGCUAUUAUAUGCGCAUGCUGAGCGCCAAGGGAUCGGACGACUGCCGGAAGCCAAGCAUCGGGGACACAAGUGGCAUGCAGUUCGAGUGUCCACUACGCAUGCCGGGCUGUUCGCGGCUGCUUAACGAAUCGCUGCUGGCCCACUUUCUGGAGGUGCAUCUGAGUGAGCCGGGACUGGCCCUCAAUGAGAUCUACGAACGGGAUCAGGUGCUGAUCAUGUUCCAGCCGCGCUCCUUCAAGCGCUCGCAGAACGUCUGCCUAUCGAUGAUCGUCUAUGCUGGGUACAAGAAUAAACCCUUCGAGCUGCCACUCAAGCAUUACGCACACGUCUACAAUGCGGGCCUGCCCAAAGGCUAUGCCAAAUACACGGGUCACAUGCCCCUCUUUGUGAUGGCCUGUCGCACCCGACUGCAGGCCAAUGAGCGGACAGGCGGGCAGCCUCUGCAGCAAAAGCAGCAGCAGCAGCAGACGCAGGGAUCCACAGAUUUCCAUUCCGCAACGGCAAACGCAUCGAACGCCACAUCCGAGACCCCGUCUGCCGCUGAGGAGGUGCACAUGGGCGGUGAGAACGUAAUGGCCCUGUGGAUGGUCAGCUUGAAGCUGCCGCAGCCGGUGCACGUGCACAUGACCGUCUUCAAUCGGCGCGUCGACAUCUGCCGCAGCAGCAUUAUGCAGGUGCGUGGUCUCGACAAUUGUCACAAUUGCGAUCAGUUCAUGCUGAACAGCACGAACUAUAUGCGACUGACCGGACAGGACUUGCGUGUGCUUACCAAUGAUUACACAGAGCCCAUCUAUUUGGAGCUCUCUGUUCGGGAUUAUGCGAUACCCAUUACCCACGAUAGACCCAUCAAACUGCGUCCCACGCUGAUCCAAUGAUGUGAAAAUCCCUAAGCCCGAAUGGCAAAGACUCGGGAAGCGAAACUUUUAUGUAGUCCAUGCUCUCAACGAUUUGUUAACCAAAUUUUAUUGCAAUGUUUCUAGCUAGUAAAAAACUAACCAUAUUUGGCAUCAACAAUAAGUAACUAGUAAUAAAAG